CAACCGUCCGAGCAGCGACAGGCUCCGGCCGCAGUCUUGUGCUCUCGCGCUCACUGUGCUCCCAUCACUCUGGCGGGGAAGCUAUGUGACAGCGCAGCCGCCGUGUUAACCCGGACCUACCGCGGCGUCCGUUCCAGGAUGAAUGACAGGAGCGCCGAGCCGGACGGCGCCGGUACCGCCCCGGUCACACUGUACGGAGAAUUCACGCUGGCCGGUGCUCGAAAAGUCAGGUGUGCGGUGAGCCUGACGGGGAAGGAGCUCAUCGUCCAGAGACUCACCUCCUCACCUGUCGAGCGGAACAAGCUGGUGCUCAGCCUGCAGGACUGCGUCGGCUGCCGCGCUUACCGGAGCAGCGACAGCCUGGACCCGGCGUCGUACUUGGCGGCGUACUUCUACCCGCUCAAGCGGCGCUGGGUGAGUUCCGGAGUGUCGCGGCAGCGGGUGGAGCAGUGCUUUCGGCUCGCCGAGCUCCAGGACCGCCGCGCCAACCAGGAGGAGGCGGAGAAGUGGGCUCGCGCCGUCCGCGAGCGCUCCGCGCGCCAGCGGUAUCCUGGAGACGGGCCGUGUGUGAGUGAGUUGCCUCGUCCCUGCCGGAUAAUGCUGCUGGUGAAUCCGCAGAGCGGGAAAGGACAGGCGCUCGCCCUCUACAACAGCCACGUCCAACGGAUGCUCAGCGAGGCCGGCGUCCUGCACACGCUGGUCAUCACCGAGCGACAGAACCACGCCCGGGAGCUGGUGAGAGAGACCGACCUGUCGCAGCUGGAUGCCGUAGUCAUCAUGUCAGGAGAUGGACUCUUGUAUGAGGUGAUCAACGGUCUGCUGGAGAGGCCAGACUGGGAGGAGGCGGUCCGGACCCCGCUGGGCGUGCUACCUGGCGGAUCGGGCAACGCCUUAGCUGCAUCGAUACACCACUACUCUGGCGCGUCCCUGGUCUCCAGUGAGGAGCUGCUGGUCAGCUGUGGCUUCCUGCUGUGUAAGGGACUGGUCUCCCGCAUGGACCUGGUCUCCAUCCACCUCUCCUCCAGCCCCCGCCUCUUCUCCUUCCUGUCGCUGGCCUGGGGCUUCGUCGCCGACGUGGACAUAGAGAGCGAGAAGUACCGGCACAUCGGCGCCGUGCGGUUCACCAUCGGCACCCUGGUGCGUCUCGCCUCCCUGCGCGUCUACCGGGGCAGGCUGUCCUACCUGCCGGCCGGCGAGGGCUGCGCCCGCGGGGCGGUGAAGCUGCGGCACAACCCCCCGCCGCCCCCCGUGGGCCCGGGCUGCCCGUCCAGAGACUCUCCCUGCCAGAACACCUUAUACAACUCCUGCCACUCCAACAACUCCCUCAGCGCGAGACGGACGGAGAGCGUGUCCUCCAGAAGCGCCAGCAGCUCCCUCCCAGGCCCGUCCGACUCCCUGCUGCUGCCUCUGGACCAGCCGCUGCCCAGCGACUGGGUGGUGGUGCAGGAGGAAGACUUUGUCCUCAUACUGGCCAUGUACCAGUCCCACCUGGCCGAGGACAUGCUGGUAGCGCCGGACGCCACCCUGGACGACGGUACCAUCCACCUCUUCUACAUCAGAGCGGGCAUAUCGCGCAUCGCGCUGCUGAGGCUGCUGCUAGCCAUGGAGAAGGGUGCACAUCUGGCCACCAACUGUCAACAUCUGGUGCACACCAAGGUGAGGGCCCUGAGGCUGGAGCCGUAUUCGCCCAAAGGGAUCAUUACAGUGGACGGGGAGGUGGUGGAGUACGGGCCAGUGCAGGCGGAGGUGCACAGAGGUCUGGCGAGGUUAAUCAGUGGGUGAACUGUCCUCGAGCAGAUGGAUGUAAGACCCCGCCCAUAUUCAAAACAAGUGCCAUAUUAGAUGACUGAAUAUUGGCGUGAUUACAAUAAAAGCAGGCAGAAUAGUUGAUUUGUGGUUCAUAUAUUUACUUAAGUCAGCGAAUUAAAAUCAUCACUGUGUUUGAGCGUGUGGAGCAGACGACUGGUGGAAAAACUCUGAAACCUGAUGGAAAAGUAACGCAGUCCUCAAACACACAUUGCCAUUUAGAGGUUUUUACACCGCUCCUGUACUGUAUGCGUCCCUCUAAUUAGGCUGUGUGGAACCAUUAUCAUCAGGCCUUUACCCACUUGAUGGGGCAGCAGAUUAAGGGUUGGGACCUUUGUUCUACAGAAAAGGAAGUGACAUCAUUUAGCUCUCAAUGAAUUAGCUCCUGGAGCGGGGGAGCAGCACUGGGUGCAGGUGUCGAGCUCUGUCCUGGUUGUUGUUGUUGUUGCGUUUCUGCGCCUUGACGUGCUGCAGCAGCUGUGUCCAUCCCAGCGUCCUCCCCCGUCCUCCCCCCUCUGCUGCCUUCAUCCAGCGCCGCGUCUUUGGCCCAGCAGAUUUUCAUACACACACGUUCCCUAUGGGAGGUUAUACAUGCUCAUCACCUAGGUGUCCUUACCAUUGCUCUCACAUAGGGGAAAUGACGGCUGCCGUUUUGGCUUUAAAUGUUUUUAGUUUGACCAAAAAUCAGAUAAGGAAAUUAAAAAAAUCUAUCACUAUUUCUGCCGGAACACUGAUCAGCCUUAAACAGUGACAUUUGAGGGGGUUGAAUGUGGUUAACACAGCACAUUGGUGUGUGUGCAUGGAGACGAGUGGGGGAGGGGAUAUAUCGACUUAUUAAAUGCUGCAUGAGGCACGUGGCGUAGUGUUUCUGACUGGAUGUUCCUCCUGCUCACCAGACACAAUCAAACUGUCCUGCCUCAGAAAUAAAGAGGUUUCUGGGCAGGGAAACACACAGUAAAACAAAAAUGCUGCUGCCUGUUUCAAUUAAAUAAGCCACUGUAAAAGAGGGAAUUAGGAAAGACCAACUUUUAUGCUCAACAUAUAUUGUUUUAAUUAUGUUUUUGCACAAUGACGUUUGUUUGCUUUGAAGUCUUUCCUGGGACAUCGAGGUCAGUUUUCAUUACUCUCAUUACUGUAUGUAGUUAUUCUGCAACAGAGACUCAGUCGCGUAUCAAGAAGCACAGGAGAUGGAGACAGUACUUGAAAAAAUGCUUGUUAAAUUACUUUGUGUGUCUUUUUAGGGAAAACACUUGCCGUGUAACUCCGCAACCUAAGAUUUAGAGCCUUAAGAUGUGAAAAUAUCAUGCAAGAAAAACAUAUGCAUUAGAAUAAAGUAUUUUGUAGUAGAAUUUUUUUUCUGACAGAUCAAACAUAUCAAUCUAAAUUUAUUUUAAUGCCAUAAAGUGCUAUUGUACAUAUCACAUCAUCUUUAUGUUCUAUGCAAAGUCUGGUUUUGUCUCAGUGGCACAGGUUUUGAUGUCUGAUGUGCCUUGGUGGUGCUGCCCCCUGGCGGAUCGAACGCAGUGGUGCAUUGACUGAAUCAUUUCUCGCUACCACAUUAAAACUGUUCAGAAAACAGAGCUCUAAGGUAACAUGAAAUGAUAAAGGACCUGAUUUUACACAUCUGCCGUUUGUCUUUGCCUGCUGCUUCUAAAUUGUUGUCUUGUUUAAAUGUUUAUAGAAGGGAACAUCCUGGUUUAAUGUUUUUUUUUUUCCUUGAACACUGAAUGAUUGAUCAUUAAUCAAGAGGGAUCUAUUUUUACAUUUGGACAAAUGUCUGUAAUUUUCUAUGAUCUAAUCAAACAUUCUGCUGGAGUGUUGCUGACUGAAGAGUAAAAUAAAUGAUAAACAAUCUA